UGAACGAAACGAAACGUCAACAUUAUUUGUCAUCCGUUGUACGCGUAAUUUAUAUCCGUUUUGGGAAGUGAGUGAAAAUAAUCAUAAAUUUUGUGUAAAACAAGGAAAAAUAUUGGUGUAUUUAAGUGAUAUUUGAAAGUAGUUUACAUCAUCAGCAAUGGGUGACGCGUGUCAGGCUUGCCUCGCCCGGGUACCCCAUGCCACACUCAUCGCAACGAUUAUGUGUUGCCUGGGCGUGGGUGUGUUCUGCGGGACUAUGUAUCGGGGCUCAGCGCUUUCAAUACUAAUGUUCGAUGAAGUAUUUCACUUUCGAUUAAUAUGGAUUGAAGCGCUACAAAUGAUAUUCAUAGUAGGCAGUGCUUGUAUGGCAGCUCUGGGCUUCAUGCUUUUGUGUUUGGGUUGUUUGACAACAGGCGCCACCAGGCAGAAAGUUUACCGGGCCUGGAGAGCCCGCGUCGGAGGCCGGAUAUCUUGCGCAGUGUUUAUGAUCAUAACGUACAUUUUAACUUUUGUAUGGAUCAUGUUACUAGGGUUCCUAGUUAUUACGACAUUCUUAUUUACCAUAUUCUGGAAACUAUGUUCGAAACCGAAAAAUAUCGACUUAUCGACGUGUAUUGACUUUACUCAAUUUGACUUCAUGUUCCCUUCGAGUGUCAAACAAGAGGAUAUGAGAAUAUGUGAGGCACACAAGAUAAAGUUGUUCUGCAAAGACUAUGUAGAGAAAGCAGAAUUCAUGUUCAUUCUGGCCAUGGUGUCAUGUAUACUUGUAAUAUUGAGCUUGGUGCAUUACCUGAUGUGUCUGUCAGCUAACUAUGCCCACAUCCGGGACCAUGAGAAGUUCCAGGAGUUGCAGGAACUGCAAUACUUGACCAACCCUGACUUGCAUGCCUCUAAAGAUCGUUUCUAGUAUAUGGCCCGCGCACCUCUCCUGCGCUCCUUAGAAGCUACGACUAAAAUGUGACAAAAUUAAACAAUUGACUGUACUUUUUGAAAAAUUUGGUGUUCACUGACAAAUUGAAUAUAAUGAAAAGACUGACAUUCAGUGAAUGGUUACUGGAAGUGUAGCUGUCUAGUUGUAACUAAACAUGUACCUAUUGUAUUUCACAUAUCUUAUUUCCCAAUGAUUUAACGAUUCUGUCCACACUUUAGAACAUUCCUUUAUUAGAUGUUAUCAGAUAAUUUGUUAAAUAAAAACAAAUAUUUAAAUGUUUAGGUGCUUAUCUAAGUAUUACUUUGUCUUUGUUUAUUUGACUUGUAUUUGUAACCUAGUAAGUGUAUUAUUAUAAGAUAUCACCUUAUUAUUGAUGUGACUUUUGUAUAUCUAUACAAUAUUUAUAAACUAUUUACUUUUUAUUGUUGCCUCCGCCUUUGUAUGAUUACUAUACAAACAAAAGAACAUUGGUAAAAAAUAUCUUUCAGAGAUAUCACUUAGUUUGGCAAAUGAACAUGUUCUUGUUCAAAGUUUAGUACAAGAUAUAUUUUACUGAAGGACUCAAUUGUUUAUAUGCAAGUAGACGAAACCAUAAGUUGUUCAUUUAAUUAAAGCAAGAAGUUAGUUGUAAGUAAUUAAAUUAGUAGACUGAAAUUUUACCUAUGAAACAAUACUUAUUUGAAAUUUUAUUUUUUAAGCUUCACUAUCAAUGUGGAAUAAAGAUGCAUUUAAUCCUAAUACAGCAAAUCUUCUUGGUAUUUUUUUUUAAACUCUAUGGUGCAGCUAUUGGAGCAGCAAUGUAAAAAAAAAACGCCUUUUAAGAGGUAUAUUUAACUUACCUAAUUUCUUUUAAACUCUUCUAGAAUUCUGAUCAGCUUUAUCUUAAUAUUGUAUCCUUAAAUAAAUUUUUAUAUAAAAUUAUUAGCCAGUUAAUAAAAAAACAUGCAAAUGUAUUUUUUUAUAAAAAAAUAUUAUGCCUACGAAAAUAUGCCAUAGUCAAGACAACUUUUUAUUUUGAAACACAAUGUUUGGAUUGUAAAGUUGCAUUUAUUUUGUUGAUACCUACUAGGAUAUAAUUUUAUAUUAAUAAUAUUGACGAUUUUGUACACCUAUACUAGUACCUAAGUAAUGUUAAGUUGCACUUAAAUAUGUAAGUGAAAAUGUAUGAAAUCAGUUAGGUUUUAUAAUAAAUGUUCGUUUUUUU